UUAAUUACUUCCUGGAAGUAGAGGAGAAAGUAGAAGCUACAACCAUAGUUAAACCCUAAAAUUUUUUCAUUCUCAAAUUCCAUCAACGAAAUGCAAAGCAUGAGGAGUCUGAUUUCUAGUAGUGGCAUGAGGAGUAUUCUGCAAUCAUCAAAAUCGUCCUCCUCCGUAAUCGCAUGUCGUUCUUAUUCUCUCGUUCCCAUGGUCAUUGAGCAUUCCUCCCGAGGCGAGAGAGCCUACGACAUUUUCUCUCGUCUUCUCAAAGAGAGAAUCGUUUGCAUCAACGGACCAAUCAACGAUGACGCCGCCCACGUUGUCGUCGCUCAGCUCCUCUUCUUAGAGUCUGAAAACCCUUCGAAGCCCAUUCACAUGUAUCUUAAUUCCCCCGGUGGACAAGUCACUGCAGGCCUUGCAAUUUAUGAUACCAUGCAAUACAUUCGAUCUCCAGUCAGUACCAUUUGUUUGGGCCAAGCUGCAUCGAUGGGUUCCUUGCUUUUGGCUGCAGGUGCCAAGGGAGAGAGGCGGGCACUCCCAAAUGCAACUGUUAUGAUUCAUCAGCCAUCUGGAGGGUACAGUGGGCAGGCAAAGGAUAUGACAAUUCACACAAAGCAGAUUGUUCGGGUAUGGGAUUCGCUGAAUGCUUUGUAUUCAAAGCACACAGGGCAGUCAGUAGACGUUAUUCAAAAGAAUAUGGAUAGAGAUUACUUUAUGACCCCAGAAGAGGCAAAGGAAUUUGGUAUAAUUGAUGAAGUUAUUGAUCAAAGACCAAUGUCCUUGGUGACUGAUGCUGUUGGGAAUGAAGGCAAAGACAGGAAAGAAAAAGGUUCAAAUUAGGAUUGAGGGUAAGAUAUUUAUGUUUCUAAUUUUGUAAACUUUACUUGAGAUUCUAUGCUUGGUUCCGGGGUUAAUACAAAAUUUUCUUCUUUCUGGAA